AUGCGUCUUGAGUCUGCUAGCCUGGCAGGUCUCCUGGCCGUCGCCAAGGCGCAAUCGAUCACUAUUGAUGGCGUCCUCUUCGCCUACCAAACGGCUACCAUCACGGAGUGCUUUCCCAUGGGCGGUAGUGGCCUUGACCCAACGCGUGGCCUCAGCAUCGGCGGCAAUGCACCCAUAAUUCACAGACCAGCAGUCACAGGCCAACCCAUCAUUGUCGAGGUUGACGCGCCAAGGUGUAACUCGUGCGGCUGUGACGCCUGUGCUCACACUGAGGUGUACACCUUCACGUGCGAUGCUUUCUGCGAUACUGGUCUCUGCAAACAGGCUUACGUUGUUACCGAGACGUAUAGCGGCAUGACAGCAAAGCCUACCUUGGCGCCGACCGAUCUCCCCUUUGGCUUCACCUGCGACGUCCAGACUUGCACUACGUGUGGCCCUGAGCCGAUUACUGCGACCAUCACGUACCCUCUGACCGAGCGACUCUAUAUCAACAAGAUGCCAGCUCCGACGGGCGUGCCUGGGGCGAAGAAGCCAGCUGCUUAUUCUCCCCCCCAAGCGGGUGCCUUUGGGUUUCACUAUGAGUCCGACUAUGCAUCUGGCGCAGACUCAACCGGUGUCGGCUCCUACUCUGGGUCCGACUCUGGUGGUUCCAGCCCCGAUGCAGACUCGGACUCCAAUGCCAACCCCAACGGUGGAUACUCCGACUCUGGUUCCAACGCUGAUUCUCACUCUCAACCAGAGUCUGGCCCUGGUUCUGGCUCUAGCCCCAGUUCCAACGACAACUCUCACUAUGGCUCCAACUCUGACGCCUACCCCAAUGCCAACUCGGACUCCGGUUACAAGGCUGGGUCUAACUCACACUCUGGGCCAGGAUCUGGCUCUGAUGCUGGAUCACAACCCGGAUCUCAACCUGGGUGGCAACCUGGACCAGGCGUUGGAAGCAAUGCAAAGUCCAACACCAAGCAGAACACGGGUUCUGAUUCUGCCUCUAACUACUCACCCGAACUACCUCCUUCCGACGAUCGACCCGUCUACGUCAGCUCGGCCAGCAAGUCAAUAGUGAUACUCACCCUGGGCUUCACUAGUUUAGUUUCCUUUACUUUCCUAGCUCUUAUCUCGUUGUAA